GCGUCUGGGAGCAAUCAGGACGGCCUGACAGAGGAAGCCAAACCCUCUCCCACUCACUGUGCACUUUACUGAGGAGGACACGAUCAAGGGAGAACUUUGGUGGGUACAGAACUGCUUGACCUCCUCCACCUCCUCCCUGUUGGACUCUCUUUCUUUCUCGCUCAUUCCCACUCUCUCCUUUUGGGGUGUGUACACCUCUGUUGGUUCACUGGGAGGAGUGAGAGUGUCUGUUGUCACUCUCUCCUGUGUUUCUGCUGUGACCUUGAGUGGCAGAAGUAAACAAACAGAAGAGAACUCUCCCCUUUGCCCCAUCUGGCAAUGGUACUUUUGGAGAGCAGGAGGCUGAGGUGAUACAACUCCCCCACUCCCUGCCAGAGGACUGUAAAGACUGUGGGAUUUCCUGCUCUACUGACCUGGCAUCAGCCUUAGCAGGCAGAAAAGUCAUGAAGUCCCGGAACAGCGAGGCAGAGAACCCGACCAAUGGUCAGCUUGAUGCCUCUCAACCAUCCAAUGGUGAAGAAGAUGGUGGGAACCUUCAGGGCUUGAAGAAGAAAGCUAAACCCCAGAAGGAAAAAGAUGGAGAGAAUGGUAUCUCUGAAACGGAGAAAAGAUCCCAGAAACUCUGCACGACCAGUCAUCAAAAGAGGGGAUUCAUGGAUCUUUCUCGGAUGGAGCUGCUCAGAUUCCUGGGGAUAAUGGAGGGAGAGGUUCAGGCCCGGGAGGAUAUUAUCCACAUGCUGAAGUCACAGCGCACACGUCCAGAGGCCCUGGAGGCUCACUAUGGCUCAGCUGUACCGGAAAAGGCUCUCAGAGCACUGCAUCGGGACGGACUGAUGAUCCACUCCCAGUCUUUCGGGGAUGACGUCUACGAGGCGCCCAUGGCAGAGCUGGACCGGCUGGAGGACAAGCACCGGGAGACAUAUCGUCGCAUGCUGGAGCAGCUCCUGUUGGCGGAGAAGUGCCACCGCCGCACCGUCCAUGAGCUCGAUGGUGAAAAGCGCAAGCACACUGACUACAUGAACAAGAGCGAUGACUUCACCAACCUGCUGGAGCAGGAGCGGGAGAGAUUAAAGAGACUAUUGGAGCAGGAGAAAGCAUACCAGACCCGCAAAGACAAGGAACACAGCAAGCAUCUGGAGAAGGUUCGAGAAGAGCUGGUGAAGCUGAAGUCCUUUGCCCUGAUGCUAGUGGACGAACGGCAGCUGUAUCUUGAUCAGAUAGACCAACAUAGCCAGAGGAUCCAAGAUCUUGCUAAGCAGCUACAGGAGAAGGAGCAGAAGCUAAGUGCUGUCACCUGCAAAGCCAAAGAGGAUAGCCAGAGGAUCCUGAAGCUGGAAGUGGACCUGGAGUGCAAGGCGGCUAAGUUUGCCCAAGGCCACGAGGAGAUGACCACCAAGUUGGGUGGCCAGGAAUCCCAGAACCGGCAGAUGAGACUCAAGCUUGCCAGCAUGACACGCAGGAUUGAAGAGCUGGAGGAGAGCAACCAGACCUUACAGAGGUCUGAAGAUGAGCUCCAGGCGCUGAGGGAGAAGAUUAGCAAGGGGGAGUGUGGCAACUCCAGCCUUAUGACAGAGCUGGAGACCCUGCGCAAGAGGGUGCUGGAGAUGGAGGGCAAGGAUGAGGAGAUCAUAAAGACUGAGUCCCAGUGCAGAGAGUUGAGGAAGAGGCUACAGGAUGAGGAGAGCCACUGCAUAGAGCUGAAGCUAGAGGUGGAAAAGCUCCAGAAGAAGAUGAUAGAGCUGGAGAAGCUUGAGGGAGCCUUUAGCAUCAGCAAGUCUGAGUGCACCCAGCUGCAAACCAGCCUGGAGAAGGAGAGGGGCCUUGUGAAAGAGCUUGUCUCUGAACUGGAUUUGGUGAAGAACCAUGUGAAGGAACUGGAGACCUCAGAGUCACGGCUAGAGAAAGCAGAGCUGGGCCUGAAAGAUGACCUUGCCAAGCUGAAGUCAUUCACGGUGAUAAUGGUGGAUGAGAGAAAGAAGAUGGCAGAGAGGAUCAGGGAGGAGGAAAAGAAGGGUGAUAGCCUGAACAGGAUGUUCAAGACGGAACAAUGCAAGGUCAUGGAGGUGACAGAGAAGCUUAUUGAGGAGAGCAAAAAGCUGCUCAAGCUGAAAGCGGAGAUGGAGGCUAAGGUGACCUCCCUUGUUAAAGAGAAGGAGGAGCUGAAAAGCAAGUUUCGGAGUGAGGAAGAGAAAUGCAAGGACCUGAGUUUGAGAGUCAGCCUGAUGAAGACUAGAACUGAUCAUCUAGAGGAGGCAGAGAGGGAAUGGAGCAGGAUGAAGAGGGAACUGGAGAAACUCACAGAAGAAGACAACAGAAUCAAGGAGUUGAUGCUAGAAAUCGAAAGGCUGAAGAACCGCCUCAAGCAAUUGGAAGUGGUGGAGGGAGACCUGAUGAAGACAGAGGAUGAGUAUGACCUGCUGGAGAAGAAGUUCAGGACAGAGCAGGACAAGGCUAAUGUCCUCUCCCAGCAGCUAGAAGAGAUGAGGAGCCAGAUUGCUAGGAAUAAGGCUAUAGAGAAGGGGGAGGCAGUGAGCCAGGAGGCGGAGCUUCGGCAGCGGUGCAAGAUGGAGGAAGCAAAGAUGAGGGACCUACAGGCUGAAGUCCAGGCACUCAAGGAGAAGAUACACGAGCUAAUGUACAAAGAGGACCAGCUCUCACAACUGCAGGUGGACUACUCUAUACUUCAGCAGAGGUUCAUUGAGGAGGAGAAGAAGAAGACGAACAUGAGCCAUGAGGUCCUCAAUCUCACAAAAGAGCUGGAGGUUACCAAACGCUAUAGCCGUGCCAUGAGGCCUAGCACUAAUGGACGGAGAAUGGUGGAUGUCCCCUUGGCAUCCACUGGGGUACAGACAGACAUCGUGGCCUGUGAUGUAACUGAGGACACCCCUGCAGUGUUUAUCAGGAAAUCUUUCCAGGAGGAGAACCACAUCAUGAGCAACCUACGACUAAAGGGCCUUAAGAAGCCAGUGGAGAGGCCAUCUGUGCUGGACCGCUACCCUCCUGCUGCUAAUGAGUUCAACAUGAGGAAGACAUGGAUGCCCUGGAUGAAGAAAAAGGAGGGCAGUUUGGAGUCAUCACACUCCAAUGCGCAAUCCCCACGGACUGGGACAAUGCCCACAUCUCAGAGGCAAGGGCAGCCCCUGCAUAUCCGAGUGACCUCAGAUCACGGGUCCAGCACGGCCACCUUGGAGAUCACCAGUCCCUCCUCUGAGGAUUUCUUCUCUAAUGCUACCAUCAUCCCCACAUUGGGGCAGCAGAAACCACGCAUAACCAUCGUCCCAAAGCCCACCAAAGCCGGUGAGAGUGUGGUUGAUCUGGAGAGGGCUAAGUCACCUGUCACCAUAACAACUAUAUCCAGGGCCAAAUCUCCAGAGACCUCCAAGUCUGAUAGGCCUUUGUCACCCAUCUCCAUUGUGACAGUCAGUACAUCUGCUAUAGCAGAUGUUUCUAGCUCCCAAGCAAUGCAGGACAUGACCAUGGGGCGGUCUGUGUUCAAGGUGACCCCUGAGAAGCAGACAGUGCCCACACCCAAGAAGUUCUCCAAUACCAGCAUUAUCACCACCACAGAGGAUAACAAGAUCCAUAUUCACCUAGGACCACAAUUCAAGCGGCCCCUGGAGAGUGGCUGUAGCCCCCCCACCAUCACUGUCAGGCCUCUUGCUGUUACAACAGAGAGCAAGGAUGUUGCCACAGCCAGGAACAGAUGCACCACCCCCACGGACCGCUGUCACUCACAUCCCCAUGUCGAAAGGUAUGAAAACAGAACAUGUUGUACAUCAUGUGAAAGUUCAUCCAAGAUGAAGCUUUUGCACGAACAAGCUUCAACAUUCUCUGGCACCUGUACUCCAUGGCAGUUCCUCUCCUGGCCAGUGCAUCGUCCCUGGGAGUAUAGUUCUCAUGUAUUCAAUUGCCUUGUAUUCAUGUUUUAUAUGAAUGAGAAAACGGAAAGCCCAUAUAUAGAUAUAAGCCCCCCCCCCCCCCCCCCAAACGGGCUUGUUAAAUGAUUAUUUGCAAGCUGCAAAGUCCUCAGUUUUGUCAACAUGCUCCAUUCUGAAAGCCCUGUUGAUUUUUCCAAGAAGGAGGACCAGGGGAUACGACUGGCUAUUUUUUCAUCAACAGAAGGAAGCACUGAACGCAAAACAACUGCUAAUUUACAGCUCACACGCAUUCAGUUAAACAAAAGUAUUAGAACUGUACAUUAUUAUCUAUUUACAUCUGAGCAUGGUUUAAAUUUCAUUAUGAAAUCAUUUGUGGCUACUGCAUUACAAUGCAUGCCAGUUUUUUAUUGCUGGUGAAACUAGCCAUAAAACUGAAUACUUUUUAAAGUCUUCCCUUUCGAAUGUAGGUCCUCCAGUGCAAUAAUCCAAAAAUCCAGUUUUUGCAAUAUCCCUGUCUACAUGAACAAUGAAUCCACCCAUUUCUAGUAGAGUCAGCAUUAAAACAAUAGAAAUCUAUGUACUCACUGAAAAAUACUUGAAAUAGCAUUCCAAAAGGACUUCCCAGUAAACUAAAACUUUAUUAAUAUUUUGGGCAAUUUGUAUUUUACCUGAGCAUUUUUGUAUUUUGUAUUUUACGUAUUAUGUAUUUUACCUGAGAAUGCUUGUACUUUCACUCAAUUAUAUUUCAGAGAAUAAUAUCAUACUUUGUACUCCUUUUUUACUUACUUACUUUUUCAUUUCUACCUUCAAAGCACUCUUUACAAGUCCAACUAUUUCUUCUCUGGACAAAUUACCAAUCCCUGUUUUUAUUUAAAACAGGCAAUCAAACCCAUAUCAAUGGCUAAUGAACUCGCCACACCCAUACCCUGACUAAACACCAGCUGAAGUACAGUAUGUUUCAUUUGAUCACUAUUAGCUAAAGGUAUUAGCAAAAUGAUUCCAUAUGUAAGACCUCACAUCUGUAGAACCUCAUCAACAAGACGAUGUUCUUAACUUUUUAUUUUAUUUUGGUAGCCUAUUGUACCCCAUCUAAUCCAAUUAGAGUUAGUAAUAGAUACACAUCCCGUCCCUCGGCGGCCCAAAGGAGAGCAACAUGCCUUCUUCAAGCCGUCUCGUCUCAUGCUUGUGUCCGUGAUUCCGAGGUGCUUUUUGUGCGGCGAUCAGCUAACCCUGCCAAUUGUGCUGCUCCACGAGAGCCGGCCAAAGGUGGCAGUUGAACUCAGUGUGCAACUGCAACGAAUUGCAACCGCAAGUCCGCUGCAUCUUAGCCCGUUGCGCCACCGUGGCUCUAGAUGUUCUUAACUUUUAAUAGGAUUGUACGCAGACGUUUUGCUUCAAGUUCUCCAAAAAUGUGAAAAGUCUGCUAUGGAGUAUUAAUUAUUCAGUAUAUACAAGGCUCAAAUUAAAGGACAGAGGGGCAUUGAAAUGAGUUAGUAUUAUUUUCGAUUACAUUAGUUUAUGAGUUUUCAGUCUUUACCAAGCACUACAAUUCCCGAUAAUUGUUGGAAUCGGACUGGGAUGUAAUGCUGCAUUGUUUGUUCAAAGUUUUAAUUUUCAGGUCUGGACUCUUAAUUGUGGAAAUUAAACACACUAAUGGACAAUGAAUCAACAAACACCGGCUAACGUGGGCAAGAACAUGUAACAUUAAGGGUGGCUAACUAUGGUGGCACUUCUUCACCAGCUGCAGUGAUCAAAUGAAACAUGCUGUACUUCAGCUGGUGUCUAAUCAGGGUAUAGGUGUGGGGAUUGGUAAUUUGUCCAGAGAAAAAAUAGUUAGACUUGGACUUGUGAAAUUUGUAACGAGUGCUUUGAAGUAAAAAGUAAGUAAGUAAAAAAGGAGUACAAAGUAUGAUAUUUUUCUCUGAAAUACAAUUCUCUGAAAGCAUUCAAACUUAAAAACGCUCAGGUAAAAUAGUUUUAGUUUACUGGAAAGUCCUUUUAGAAUGCUAUUUCAAGCAUUUUUCAGUGAGUACAUAGAUUAAUAUUGUUUGUACUCUGGCUUUGUCAAUUAGCUGUUAAAGAAUGAGUCUUAAUUUCAAUAAGUAAAAUCAUGUGAAUCAAUGAAAUUAUCUGGACAAGUAUUAUCAGCACUGCACCCAUACACACUCACUUGUUUGCUUGCAAAUAUUGAUAGAUUUGCCAUGGAUCUGUAAUCAUAACAUAACAUAAUGGCGAGACCAGGCCAUUCAGCCCAGUAAUGCUCACCUACCACUAAAGUGUACCAACUGCUUAGUUUGCAAAAAAUCUAAAUAGUAUCUAGGACCAUAUCAAGCCUGAUCUUUUUAUGCCUCCUCAUUCUGCUAACUGAAAUCACUCUGAAGAAUCGCCUGUUGUUCACUUUAUUAAUCCAUUAUUAUUAAUUUAAUUUAAAAGCCUGAAAUCAAAUCCCCCUAAGUCUCCUUUUGCUAAACUUAAAGAGAUUAAGCAUCUUAAGUCUUUCCUCAAAACAUUUAUCUUUCAUACAUAUAAUCAAUCUGGUUGCCCUUCUCUGAACCAUUUCCAGGGCCUCUAUCUUUCUUAUAGGGCAGUCCCAGAACUGCACACUCGAAGUGUGGUCUGAAAAUAGGGUAUUGUCACAGAGGAGAACUGAUCUGAACCACACGCACACUCAGAAAUGUAGUAAACCGCAGGCUUUAAUCAGAGUAUUACAGAUAAUGGUCAAAGCACGGAAAACAGGGCAAUACAGGCAAGGCAGUAUGUUGUGAUAGGAUAAGCAAUGGUCGAAAACCGGAAGUAAUUUCAAUGGAGGUAGGAGUGGGGAGCUGGAGUGGAGAGGGAGGGCCGGGCAGAGAAUGAGGUCCAGGGCUAGCGAGGGUCGAAAACCAGGGAGUCAGUCCAAUGGGGGUAGGAACGGGGAAGGAGCUGGAGAGGAGACGGAGGGCCAGGCAGAGAACGAGGUCCAGGGCAAGCAGGGGUUGAAACCAGGGAGUCAGUCCAAUGGGGGUAGGAACGGGGAAGGAGCUGGAGAGGAGACAGAGGGCCGGGCGGAGAACGAGGUCCAGGGCAAGCGGGGGUCGAAACCAGGGCUGGGCGGAGGAGCAGGCAGGCAACAGUAAUUGGUAGGAAAUCAGGAACUGGCAAGGUAUCAGGAACAUGCAAAACAGAGGUAAGGAAAACAGGACAUAAACACAAAGGCACGGUAGAAGAUGGCUCCAAACAAAGGGAACAGGUAGGCUUAUAUACACACUAUACAAUGAGAAACAGGUGAGGGAAUUACAGGAAACACAUGGUGUGGAGGGAGUAGAAGAGGGAAAACAUGAAAUGGAACAUUGAUGCAGAGAAUACAUAGAAAAGCAGAAACUAGGAAACAAACUAUGAAAUGGGCACGGAAUGUGACAGAUAGGAAAACCUUAAAUGGAACAUGGAACUUAGUAAAUAAAUAAAACAGAGAAAUCAGGAAAUAACAAGAAUGUGUGGGCAUGGGAUGUGACCAGUAUUGUAUAAGGUGAGUAUAACUUCCUUAGAUUUAUACUCAAUACUCUUGGCGAUGUAUCCUAGCAUCCUGCGGGCCUUUUUUACUGCUACCUGACAUUGACUAGAACCUGAAAGGCUUUGAUCAACUGUUACCUCCAAGUCUUCUUCAACUUGAGCUCCUUCCAAUUUUGUACCACCCAUAAAGUAAUCCUGUCUUAUGUUUUUAUUUCCUACAUGUAGAAAAUUUUGCUAUAUUGAAUUUCAUUUGCCAGGUUUCUGCCCACUUCUGGAUUCUGUUUAAAUCUUCCUGGAUUACUUUUGUCAAGGUUCUGGGUAUCUAUUCUAUUGAAUUUCCAGGCACUACAUAGAGGGCGCUCUUGCCAUAUUUCUGCCAAAUUGGUAAUCAGGCUGACUUUGACAAUGAGUGGCGCUCAGGUAAUCAAUAUCCGCAUGCUGAUGACUAAUUCCAAUUGUCUGCUGCAUGCAGGUUGAUUACCAAUGAAGGUCAGCUGUGUGUCUUUCUUUUUAAGCUCUGCGUUGUGUGUUAUCUCCCCAUUGCAUUGCAUGUUUCUGCUUUUUAUUUUCAUUUGUGCACUAUGAGAGGUAUUUAGGGCAACCUGUAGGGUAGUGGUUAAGGUAGAUGACUGGUACCCGCAAGGUCGGUGGUUCAAUCCCUGGUGUAGCCACAAUAAGAUCCGCACAGCCGUUGGGCCCCUGAGCAAGGCCUGUAACCCUGCAUUGCUCCAGUGGAGGAUUGUUUCCUGCUUAGUCCAAUCAACUGUACGCCACUCUGGAUAAGAGUGUCUGCCCAAUGCCAUUAAUGUAAUGUAAUGUGAUUGACGAUACUCAUUUACCUGUUGUGGCAAAGGGUAUGGGAGCUGAACACGCAGCAACCCUUUGUUACCUUAGGGUAGUGAGGACAGUCUGUCAUACUUUCACCUUCACAUAUUAUUUUGCGCACAAAUGUCAGAGACAUGACAGUUUGAAGAAGGUAUUCCUCUGGGAAUUGAGACCCCAUUAGCAGCUUCCUUCUGCCUAGGCCAAGUGUUAGGGUUUGAGUUUAUUGCACACUUUCCCACACCCUUUACUCACCGACCGCCCAGGGUUUUGUGUUUGACAACCCUUGGAGCAGUAGGUGCAUUUACUUGGCGACUCCUGCACAGUCAGUCGCGCCUAGGUGAGCUUCUAGUGAAUCUCUGUAUUUGCUGACUUUCCUAAAGUCAAGUGGUGUACAUAGUCGUUGGAGUAUCGCCCCUCUCUGAGGAGAGCUUUUUGAUCUCACCGAUAAGCCCGGGGUUCCGGGGCUGAGACCCCUGUUGCUGUACAGAGGUACACUUCCUACUUCUGUUUGAGUUUGUCAUGUGGUACCUUAUAAUUGGAAAUCUACAAUAUCAUAAGGCCUGCUAACAUCAAAACACUUGGUAGCUUCCUCAAAGAAUGCCAAAAGGUUUGUCAGGCAUGACCUACCCUUGACCCUAAACCAUGUCAACUGCCAAUUAGAAUGUUAUUCUUUUCAAUAAAUAAUUUCACUUUGUCUCUAAUGAUAGAUUCCAGUAUUUUCCAAGCUCAGUUUCCUGAAUCAGUAUGAUCCCUUUCUUAUAUAUUGGUAUAAUAUUACCUUAUAUUAUAUUUCUCCAGUCUCUAAAGACUGUUUAAAAGUACUUGCCAGUGGUUUAAAAAAAUUCUCACUUAACUCUUGUUAGUGAGUUCCCUUAGGAAUAUGCCAUCGGGGCAUGCUGCCUUAUUUGGCUCUAGUUUACAUAUACAUUUACAUUUAUCUAGUACUUCUUUAUCCUCUAUCUCAAUAUCAGCUUAGACAUUCUGGGUAUUGAAUAUGCCUUUUGGCCUAUUGGUAACCUCCUCCUUGGUAAAACUCUCAAAAAAGAAGCCAUCUAAGCAGAUUUUAAAGCAUCAGCAAUAUCUUUAUUCUUAUACAGCAGUUCUCCUAUUCUUAAUGCACUUAACUAUAUUUGCAUAAUUAUAUGUGUUUUGUGUCUGGUUUGGUUGCACAAAUAAAUAUUAUUUUUUUC